AUGGCAGCCCUCACGCGCAAGAAAAGGACGAGUGAUGAUGUUGAAGUCAACCUGACGUAUUAUUCUUUUAGUGCUUUUUUGAGUGAUGUUUUUGAGGGUCAAAUCAUUGCAUCGAUAUUUAUCCUAUUUGCACUUGUUGGAUUUGCUAUUAAGGAAUAUGUAGCAGCCCAAGCUGACAUCAUUGCUCCAGAACCUCAACCAAUGCGACCUCGUCCUCCACCUCUGCCACAAAAUAAUAAUAAUAAUGUUAAUAUACCGCCGAGGGUACCACCUCGAUUGCAUCCACCAGCUCAACGAAUUCAACAACCAGCUCAACAACCGAUGCAAGCUGAAAAUCCAAAUCCACCUCUUGCAAGACCAACUUUUAUCCCAAGGCCAACACUUGUGCCGCACCCACCGAGGAGGCCUCAGGCACAUCGCCCUCCAACUCCAUUAGAAUUGCCUGAUGCUAUGCCAGUCACACCACCACCACUUCCAGAACGGCUUACAAUACCGCUAGAUCGAAAACUGUCUGAUGACUCUGACGACUUGGAGUUAGAUUUGCAAGAAUCUCAUAUAGUAGAUAAAGGAAAGGCUCGAGACAAUGAACAAGAGCGAUUUCGAGGUGGAGCUGGUACCUCGUUUCUGGGUUCUCGACCAGAUUUGAAGUGGUCUCCUGCAGGACGAAGUAGAGAGAGUUCGUCAAAUGAAUCCGUUAUUAGAGGAUCUCCUAGUAAAACACCUAGUAAAUCGUUACAAGACGCUUGGAAUGGAGAUUUUGGCAGAAGUAGUAGUAGUAGUAGUAGCAGCAGUGGUAGUAGUGCUGUUGCAUCAUCAUUUCUGGGUGGUCCCACAUGGCCUACUCCUGUCAAAUUCAAUGCUGGUGGAUCGUCAUCUUCCACUGGUACUCCCAUUACAUUCAAUCCUGCACCCAUAAAUUCAAUAUCCCAAUCCGCAUUGCAACUACCGAUAUACAACGAAUUCGCAACAACUUAUCCGAUAAUUCCACCAGCAAUAGUAGAACCUGCAAUUCCGCCAGUAUUACCACAGAUAGUACCAGAACCACUUGCAGCACCAGCUCCAGCUCCAGAGCCACUUCCAGCACCAGCUGUCGUACGUGAAGACGAAGAUGACGUUGUAGCUGCUGGAGAUUGGAAUGCUUUUCUUGAGUUAAUUGGCAUGACUGGACCAAUUGAAAUUUUGUUACAAAAUGCUAUAUUGUGUUUAAUUGUGUUGAUUGCUGCGAUAGGCAUUGGAGCAUGGGCGCCAUUUGCUACAGGAAGGUUAGUGUUUCCCAUCUUCGUCUCACUUUGGGCUAGAAUCAAAGUGCUGGUGAUCCGGAUGAUGACGCCAACACAAAAGGCUAUAGACGUGUUGCUUGAUCCUGCUGCUAAUGCAGUAGCUUCUGUAGUAACACUGUUGCUGAGAAAGAAGUCUGUAAUCGCCGCUCUCAAAGUCAUGCAGGAAAUUCGCGCUAGAAGCGGAAUUGAUUUGAAGAUAUCUCAACCAGUAGUUAUCGCUACAAGUAACGCAAUAUCUGCCAUUUCCUGUCUACCACGUGACAUGACGGUUUAUUGGUCGUGUCCUGUAAAUUCCCAAUAUGACGACUCACCAUUCCGUGUCUUGCGACGUCCUGGCUUUUUGCUAUCAAAAUUGGCAUUUUUCGAGACUGAUCGUAAAAUAUGGGGUAUGCCAGAGACUAUAGUGUAUGUUGCAUUUGGAUAUUCUGUUUGGCUCUUCCAACUUAUCCUGAUCGCGAGCCAGCAAGGCUGGCUGAAACAUCGAUAUGCUACGACGUUGUUUACGCUAAUGAAGCGAUCCCUUUCGUACACUGGUCUUGCCAUCAAGUUUGCCUUCUUUAUCAGUAUUGAGCUUGGUGUAUUUCCGAUAUUUUGUGGAGCCUUGAUCGACAUGUGUACACUUCCUAUAUUCAACUCUACUUUGGAGGGUCGUUUGGAGUUUCAUCAAGUGUUUCCGUGGACUUCUUCGUUCUUGCAUUGGCUUGUCGGCACUACCUUCAUGUUUAAUGUCGCCAUCUAUGUUGGCACUUUACGAGAAAUUGUGAGGCCAGGCGUGAUGUGGUUCGUUCGAGACCCCAACGAUCCAGCAUUUCAUCCCAUUAACGACAUUUUGGAACGCCCUGCUUUGGUCCAACUUCGAAAGUUGUUUAUUGGAAGCUUGUUAUAUGCAACUAUGGUUAUCUUUGGUGUUGGAGGAUUUGUGAUGUCAGUGAAGUGCCUGGAGUUUAUACUACCAGCUGGUGCUCACCCAGCCAAGAUCUGGCCAUUGAAAUGGGAGUUCAAUGAGUCUCUGACUGAAUUCCCCAUUGAUUUGCUCCUAUUCCAUUUCGCUAUACCUUGGGUACUACACUUUAUUCAGCCAAGGCCUCUGAUACGAAAUGCCAUUGAACGAGCACUUCGAAACUCUGCUCGUUUCUUGAGGUUGUCAUCGUAUAUCUUUGGAGGAUUCCAUAAUGACGAAUUGGCUGAAGUACCGGGUGCGCGACCUAUUGGAUCUCAACCUCCAUAUAUACGUGUGCCUAAUCACGAUCAUAUUGAAGUCAUUCCAAAUGUACCUGUGAUGAUCUUUAUGGAGGAAAACGAAGCACUUUUUGGACGACCUAACGAGACUGAAGCCGACGUGAGGACCAACUGGACAAAGAUCAGAGUUCCAAACAUGUUUUGGUGGCGUCUCGUAAUGUUGGUUGUUAUGCAGUGGUUAUAUGGAGUUUUCAUGUCGUUUUGUGUGCUUGUUGGUCCACUGGUAAUUGGGCGAUACGGAUCUAUGUACAUAAACACAUGGAUUCCCUCCAAGUCCUUCGGACCGAUGCCAAAAUCGUCGAGAUUGGAUUUGCCGGUUCACGACUUUUAUAGUUACUCACUGGGCCUCAUAGUACUUUUAGCCCUAAGCAAACCUCUAGCGUCUUCAAAAACCCUCUUGUCUUGGCUCAUUCGAGAAUCACAAAGAGCUGCAAAGCGAGCUAGAGGUGAAUUGGUUCGUGUAGAGCGAGUACGAACUCGUAGAACAAAUAGUGAUGAGCAAGUACCUGAAACCAAUGAAUUGGAGCUACAUGAUGAUCCGGUAGCAGCGGUACAUCCAGCUGAUGCCUCUCUAGAGUCUCGUUGGUUGGAUUUUAUCUUUGAUGCUGGAAAUAUGUUUGCUCUAUCUCAGCGUUGGAAGGUCUCUGCCGCUCAAUGGCUUACCACGAUUGGGAAGGCCUUAUUUAUUGCUCUCAGUAUUGGGGUGAUCAUCCCACUUUUGCUUGGUAUCAAUUUCGAUUUAUAUAUGAUGUCAUUGAUGAGGGGCAAACAAGACCGAUUCAAUGUUUAUCCAUUCUUGUCAUAUGUGGCCCAAACAUGGGCUCUCGGAGCAGUCCAUGAAAAAAUCAUAUAUAAUCUCAUCAUUAUUGGACCCGAAACUUUCUUUAGACGUGCUAUUGUGACGGCUCGAGAUCAAGGGUUCCGCAAUUUGGCUGUAUAUCCUCUACUCAUAUCGGUUGUUUUACCCACUAUUGGACUUGGAUUACUUUUCAUGUUUGGUCCAUGGCUAUACAUACUUGCACUUUAUCCACAAUCCAUUUGGAACUUGGAAUUGAAACAGCAUGAGAUCGAAAUCCGACUCAUGUAUCCCAUAACGGCACUAAUAAUGCUAAGCAUCAUGGCAGUACGAACAAUCAUUUUGAUGGUCAAGAGCUACAUUGAAGCAGUGCGAGACGAGGAGUAUCUCCUCGGGCGACGACUCAACAAUCUGAAUCAAGGCACACCUCAACAAAACCAAUAG